UGCUUGAAGAUAACAGAAUGUACAGAACUUGGGUCACAUAUAUGCAUUGUCUUGUGUGACACACAUUUUUUUUUGCAAACUUACUGUAUAAUGAAACCCAGACAUUAGAAAGCUCGUACAUACAUUGUAAAUCAGGUUCCAGAUCUCCAAUACUGUAAUUGGCCCAUGUCAUUCAAUUAAUGCCCAUGGAGUUAAUUAAAAUUUUGAUGAUGGAUAACUAGAGUUGAACAGAAGUCAAGGAUAAGUGCUGUUUUAGCUGAGAGGUGACACUUGACAUACGUUUUUAGUUCCAGUAAUUGAUUAAAAGACUAUCUCUAUCUUUAUCUUAUCAAAGUUUAGAUGAGUAGUAACAUAUCUUUUAAAUAAGUACUAUACUACAUAAAGAUGGUCUUUUUUUUACUCGAUGAUUUGCUGUCUUAUGACUGAACGAGCAGGUAGUUGGGUGGAGUUUAAUUGAGACCAUGCAGCAUGUCACAAACUCAUUUCUGAGGUGUCGAUUAUACAGAUCUCUCAACAAGUAGGAUAUUGAACCCAAAGUGUCAUAAAAAAAAAAAAAAAACCUAGAUACAGCAUUGCGGCUUUACGCAAGUUCAACAAAUUGUGAAUAAUGGUGAGAGGAAAAGAGACGCGCACGCCGAAUCCAACCAGUUGGAGUCGGACUUUACGUGGGAGAACUGUCACCACCCGCAGUCAACUUGGAGAAAGCAGAAACGUCUUCCAGAAACUUCCACUGGAGGUGUUUCAUAUGAUUCUGGACAAUCUAGCAGUGCUGGAGGUCAGUGUGCUCUGUUUAGUAUCCAAACAGAUGAAUAGAUAUGUGGUGGACUAUAUCAGCACCCUGGCGUGGAAGAGAAAACUAAAGCACAGAGACUUUCAUAACACCGGCAACCCUGAACAUGGAUGUUGUGAUAAAUAUUUCAGAAACCUGGGUGUCUUGUUCAAACGAUGCACCAUGUUGCUACCAACUAAGGAGAGGCUGAAUUGUAUCCUGUACAGAUUUUCACAGGUUCCCUGCUUUCUGAAGGAGGAAUGCGCAGGGCCAGACUGCAUUGGUUUGAUUAGAUAUGGAAUUUUUCUGCAGGCCAUCAUUGCAGGGUGGGAUGAAUUUGAGUGCCAAAGAGUUUUCCAAUUCUUGUGCAAGGUCACUGAUUUGGUGCAAAAAAUUGAGAUGAUCACUACAAAUGUAAAACCUGGGCUGAAAUGCUUGGAAGAGCUGGAGGUCCGCUACUUCUGCCGCAUGGUUUUACUGGACCUAUCGCCAAACCAAUCAGACCAUAGAUUUUGGCUCCUGCAGCUACUGAAGCCCUUGCACUUGGUCAAGCAAGCAAACCUACUGUUAAUCCUAUAUGGGCCACAGCUGUCCGAAGGACCCAUCAGUUGGCAGGAUCUCGUGGAACGGGAGCUGCCUCACGAUGCUCUCUGGAACCUGGCCAGGGCCGUCCUUUUGCUCUUCAACAAACCAGUAACAAAAGAAUGGAACAUAGAGUCAACCCUAGCAGUCUUCCAAGAGAUCAUAGUCAUUCCUCAGCCAUGGCACGGGGAGAAUAUCGCUCGUCUCUUGGUGGUAUGCGGCAAGAAGUUUUGCUCCACUGUCUUGACCAGCAGGGCUCAGGCGGGAUUCUUCAGAGAUGUUACCAGACUCAUUGUCUACAUUGUUCUGGUGUGUGAAAAGGAUGGCUAUGAAAUGAAUUGGGUGGUAAAUUUAGUACACCAGCUCCACAAGAACUUCAACUCAGAUGUCCGAAAGUUGACUUUCAUCCGCCAACUGGAGAACAUGUUCACAGACAUCAUCAGUGAGGUUCUGUACACGUACAUAGACAGAAACCGUCCUGAGAACGGGGACAGUAUCAUGGCCAUAUCGGUUCUUCUCGAAGCCAGUUCUCGAUUUCAUGCGAAGUUCCUCCACAUGUUGCUUAAAUAGUAGGGAUGCAGAGUCCUUGCUGGGAUGGAUUUAAUAUUUAUUAACAUUGUUUAUUUAUUUUAAUUGACUUCUUGUCAUUGAGGUCUUAAUCCCGUUUGUUCAAAUGUGGUUAAUGUUGUAUUUGUCUAGUUUGUUCGUAUGGGACUAUUUUCUAUAGUCAGUGUUUGCCACAGUAAUGUGGUCAGAAAGUUUGGAAUCCAAAGUUGUAAUAUUAAAGUAC